AUGCCUCAAAACGAGCAUAUUGAAGAGCACAUCAAGCGUCAUGGCCGUCGUCUUGAUUAUGAGGAGCGCAAGCGUAAGAGAGAAGCCCGUCAAGCUCACAAGGCAUCACAAUAUGCACAAAAGGUUCAUGGUCUUAAGGCCAAGAUGCUGAACAAGAAGCGCCAUGCCGAAAAGAUUCAAAUGAAGAAAACCAUCAAGCAACACGAAGAGAAGAAUGCAAAGCAAAAAUCAGCAGACGCUAUUCCCGAAGGUGCUGUUCCCACUUAUCUGUUGGAUCGUGAGGGCGAGGACCGUGCAAAGAUUUUGAGUAACAUGGUCAAGCAGAAGCGUAAAGAGAAGGCUGGUAAAUGGUCAGUGCCUUUACCUACUGUGCGUGGUAUGGCAGAAGAUGAAAUGUUCAAGGUCGUCAAGACGGGUAAACACAAGACAAAGCAAUGGAAGCGUUUGGUGACAAAAGCUACUUUUGUGGGCGAAGGAUUUACUCGUAAACCACCAAAGUAUGAACGUUUCGUUCGUCCUAUGGGUUUGCGAUACAAAAAGGCACAUGUGACACAUCCUGAAUUGAAGGCUACCUUCUGUCUGCCCAUCAUCGGUGUCAAGAAAAACCCUCAAUCACCAUUGUAUACUCAACUUGGUGUGAUUACAAAGGGUACUGUGCUUGAAGUCAACGUAUCAGAAUUGGGUUUAGUGACAACAGGCGGUAAGGUGGUGUGGGGUAAAUAUGCUCAAGUGACCAACAACCCUGAAAACGAUGGCUGCAUCAAUGCCGUUUUGCUUGUUUAA